UGCUGUUGGUGGCAACCGGGAUUAUCCUAUUGACGGAUUUAAUUCAAUAUAUGCGUUCAUAUUGGCUCUGGAUACAUGAACAAGAGCUGAAUAGAUGGAGCUUCUCAGAGGAAACAAAUUCUUGGUGAUGGAGGUGGUUCGCGACAAGUGGAACCAUUUCCAAGAAUGGUACGAUUGGACACAUACGUUUGCAGACAAACGUGUCGAGAACUGGUUCCUCAUGCAAUCAUAUACCCCUACCCUGGUUCUUACGGCCCUCUAUCUAUUUUCCAUAUGGGCAGGGAAACGUAUCAUGGCAAAUAGGGAGCCGUUCAACUUCAAAUAUAUCCUGUUUUUAUAUAAUAUGGGCCUCGUGGGACUCAAUGCUCAUAUAGUAUACGAAUUGCUCACCUGUUCAAUAAGACUCAACUACAACUAUUUAUGUCAACCAGUAAACUAUGAUCCAACAAAUGAGCUUGAAUUAAGGAUAGCAAAGGCAUUGUGGUGGUACUACUUCUCAAAGUGUAUAGAAUUUAUGGACACUAUAUUUUUUGUGCUUCGUAAAAAGAAUAAUCAAAUCUCAUUUCUACAUGUGUAUCAUCAUGCAACAAUGUUUCCAAUAUGGUGGUGCGGGGUCAAGUGGGUUGCUGGAGGUCAAGCUUUCUUUGGCUCUAUGAUCAAUUCAUUCAUCCACGUCCUAAUGUAUGGCUACUAUGGGGUAUCUGCACUUGGAAAAGAAUACCAAAAAUAUCUUUGGUGGAAACGUUAUCUUACCGUCCUACAACUGAUCCAAUUCUUUAUUGGCAUGGUUUACUCCCUGCAACACAUGGUGUUUGAUUGCCGGGCGGCCCCCAAGUGGUUCGGUCAUGUGGGUCUGGUUUACGGUAGCACCCUAAUAGCCUUGUUCAUGAAUUUCUACAUAAGAACCUACACAAAAUACGGCAACAAAAUACUCAAACAAGUCAAACAAGUAACCAAGAAUGCUGCCAAACAGGGUAAGGAGUUGAAGGCCACUCAAGAUAAGUUAGCCAACAAUAAUGCAGUAGAAGGAGAGACAGAUGAUUGCAAGAAAACACAAUAAAAAGACAAUCAAACUUUGUUAAAAUAUUAAUCCUUCGGGGAUAAAGCCAGAAUAGAAUUUGUUGACAGAAUUGGAUUGAAAAUUGCGCUGCCUCAUUGAUCCCUGGUAUUUAUUAAAAUUGGCCAUGCAAGAGAUCUCUGACUUUGUGGACCAAGUGAUAAGGUCCACUUGUGCAUUUAUGAAGGUGAAUUUAGUGAACAAAUAAGGGCUGGGAUCCUUCCUGAUACAGAAGGAAAAUCCUUUUGUCGUUGUCCCAAAUUAUUACCGCCCCGAGCAAUAAAAUCUGGGAAAUAUCUUUGGCUGAUGAUGAAGUAUUUCUAGGAAUACAUUGUUCGUUCUAACUCUGGUACACUGGGAAAUCUAGACCCAUGAUAUGGUUCAUCAGUCAUCUGUGUAACCAUGAUGGAAUGCUGUGUCCCACAGUGCCACGAGUCACCUCAAAUCAUGUCUCAAGGUGUGUCAUGAACCACCUCAAAUCAAUUUCCCAGUUUGUCUCAAGCCACUGUACUUUGUAGUCUCAUAUUGAGGCUGAAUUUAUUUAAUGAAUUAUUUUAGAAAUCCCUUUCUAUAUUAUAGAAGAAAUCCAAUAUUUUCAAAAUCAAAUCUCUUUUGAAUUUCAUAUUACAUGUAAUUAAAAAAUGAGUGGUGCCAAGCUUGUCUCUAUAAAAACAUUUGAAUUUGUAAUAGAGUUAACUGACUGAGCUUAUAUGAUGUGUAGCUUCCUUAAAUCCUUAAAUUACUUGAAGUAUAAAUUUGGAUACCUUUGGCGUAAUUACCAUCCGGUCUUCCAUUCAAAUAAAUACCUCACAUUCAGAGAGAUCUCUAUAAUUUCUCAUUCAAAUGGCAAAACAGCUAACAGUUAGUAAUGAUGUUUACCACACAAAACCAUCUUCUAACUAAAGAUAAAAUUUCGAAGAAUUACAUUUUCGAAUGUCCUCAAUCUGAAUUCAGUAUUUCAUACACAUAAAAGUUAUUUUUGUUAAAUUUGGUACUUCCAAAAAGCUAUGGUCCAAAUUCGGAGUAGGUGUUAGAAUGUUCGAGAGGAGCUACAUUGCUUCAAUAUUAUAUUUAUAUGUUAAUAUUGAGCUACGAUGACAUCAUUCAUUUGUUAAGCGGAGUAUUGUUUUAUUGCUGUAACCUAAAAAACAAAGGUUGCAUAAAGUAAAAAUUAUCGAAGUUUCUAUGGAAAUUGAUCAUUAAAAAUACAUUUUAAAGAGGAUGCAUUACAAGGCAUAUUUGGGAUUAUAAAUUCUUGUUAAAAUUCUAGGUUGAAAUGCAUUAUUAAAGGACAUGCUAGUAUUAAGUAUAAUGUGAUAAUGAUAAUAUUUCAAUGUGUUUAGAUAAUCAUGUUGUUUUUACUUCUGAUAAAAACUUCUAUAUUC